AGUCAAUUAAUGAUCGUUUUUCGUGAAGAUAAAACCUAUGAGGAAGAAAUCAAAACAUGGCAAUUUUGGCAUUCUAGGCAACAUUCGGUAAAACAACGAAUUCUGGAAAUUGAUGCUAAAAAUAGUUGUGGUAUGAUUGGACAAAUUGAAGAAAUUGCCCAUAAUGCUGUGCAAUUUUAUUGGAAUCCAACCGAGCAAUCAAGUGUUAAAGUUAGUUAUUAA